AUGUUUGCCCAGCCACUGCUCCUCUCCCCUUGUAUUUGCAGCUGCAUCAAGCCACUGCUAUCUGUAUCGCGGGAGCACCGCUGUUCCCUGCGAGCGACUGACAGAUAUUCCCUUCUUUCAGCUACGAUCGAUCUCGCGGAGAUGUUCAACGACCCGCCGCCGCCGUAUGAUGCGAGCGCGAGGGAGCCUGGCGCGUCUCCACCUUGGCAUUUUGCUUCGCUCCCCGACGUCAGCUGUGUCUCGAUCCCCGACGUUCGCUAUUUCUCGUUCUCCUGCGUCAGCGGCAUCCCGUUCGCCGCCUUCAGCGGUGUUUCGUUCGCCACCUUCAGCGGUGUCUCGUUCGCCGCCUUCAGUGGUGUCUCGUUCGCCGCCUUCAGGCAUUUCUCGUUCGCUUCCUUCAGCUUCGCCGAUCCAAGAAACGCCUCGCGUGCCGAACUCGGACAUUCCUCGUCGACCCAGCAGAAUCGUGCUCCGGCCAUCAAUCCAUCGACGUCAGAUCUACCUCGCGCAUCGAGCACAGUCCCGCUCCGGCCAUCAACGUCAGACCCAUCGCGCUCACCCACCCUGGCACCGGCGCGGUCACCAGCCUCAGCCUCGUUCCACGCUCUUGGCGCGCGGUCCUCCGCGGACGUGGACGUGGACGUAGCCGUCGCCGGGCCUUCGCAGUACCAGAUCGGCGCGAAAACACUGGCGACCCCGCUCGUGACGGUGCCGUAUGCCAAGGCGCACCUGCGCCUGCUUGCCGCGUUCAAGGCUCUGCGCACUGCGGUCGAGGACAACGCGGGUGCCCGGCUCCCGGAGAUGGUGGCGGGCCUGGACGCUGCGCGGCGGUGGGCGUGGUUCGUCGGCCUGGCGGUCGACCGGUUCGAGUGCUGGGCGGACAGUGUCAGGCCGGGGUCGCUGAGGUCGUGGGUGCGGACGCAGCUCCCGCCGCUGGACGUGUUGAUGGUCUGGCACGCGUACAUGCUCAAUCCUCGGUGGUAUGCGGAGGAUUGCGAGCGCCUGCCGCUGAUGAAGACGUUGAAGGGCCUGGGUGAUAGACUCCUUCCUGCUGUGAUCGUGGCCGGAGAUCCAGCCGCAUACCAGCCAACAAGGGAGAGGCGAAUGUCUUGGCUCGCGGACACCGGCACGCAUUGGGACCCUCUUGAGGCGUCCCGAUACAUGACCCACCGUCGAGUGACGUGCCCGAAAUGCGCGCAAGACAUAGAAACGCCGUACAUGACCCGGGACGGGACUGGCUAUGCACAGCGCACAUUUGCCGUAACAUGCCCGUCGUGCAGGCUGACAGUCAGAAAGGCGGCCCUGGGGCUCGCGAAGUUCGCGGACGACCUCGUUUCGGACCACGAGACACCGCAUGUGGGGUUUGGCGUGUAUCUAGCCGGUACCUUGCACACGGAGGCGAAGACGACGGACGAGGAUCAUGCAACACGCAUCAAGAAUGCCUUGAUCCGCUCGAAGGCGCUGCGAUCACGCACGCAGAUUACUCGUACAGAGUGGAGGCAGGAGCUCAUGCGCAAGUUCAGAUACUCCACUGUAUCUCUACCGGCUGCAGCGUCGCUUCCGUUGCAAAGCAUGGGUGGCACACGAACCGUUAUCAUGUCAAGGAGCAACCGGAUACUAAGCGCGUACACCGACGACAGACCGUUCUCAUUAGAUCUGGUCGGUGCGGUCAUCCGACAAGGAUCCUUCAUCGACAAGAUGCACGCCUUCGGUUGGACACAACCGGGUUUCGCCGAUGAGCCCCAGGAUGAAGUGGUCUUGGUCCAUGCUAUCGCGAGGUACCAUGCUGGGGUGCUCAUGUCCAGUUUCCUCGAUUUGAUGGCGUCCACCCCGGCGUCGCUUUUUGUGCCUACUCUAGAUAUUGACCUUGCAUGGCAUUCCCAUCAACUUAUGGCAAGGAAGUACUCGGCCGACUGUUUCCGUACUGUUGGCCGUUUCGUCGACCAUGACGACAAGGUUGAAGAGAACUUCCUGGCAAUGUCGUUGGAUAUCACUUGUCGUGCUUGGGAGAUCGAUAUUGACAACCGCACUCUCCAGCAACGCUUUCGCGUCCCGUACAUGCAUUGCGGCUGCCCUCUGCCCGGGGACACAGUUGGCCAGCGCCUCGGCCAUCUCUCGCGCAUCCUCAAAGGCAAUACUACGCACGAGGACAUCAACCCGCCACAUCGGAACGACGCGUUCAGGGCGACGCAUCCGAGCGAGCAUCCCGCAAUCCAGGGCGGGCGGCGGGGCGUGCUACCGGACCAUGCGCGCAGCCGGCGCGAGGUGCGCGAGGCAAAGAUGCGUGAGCGGCGUGCGCGCGAUGCGGAGAAGGUACGCCGGGGCAAGAUGGACAUGGCGGUUUUCCGCCGCGGGGAGGGGCACGACUAUCCGUUCUUGACGCCCGUGCCGUUCACGAUGCCUGUCACGGCGUGUAUUGCUGUAGGCAGUCAGCUGACGUGCGGUUCGGGCUCAUGUGCAGUGGGAGCUGGUAUGUGCGGAAGCACCGGCGACGCGACCUGUGGCAGCGGGUCGUGCUCGGGCGUGGCGUGCGCGUCGUUCAGCGGGGCCGCGCCGUGCGCGGCGGCGACACGAGGUGCUGCGUUUGCAGGAAUGCCGAUGGUCAGCAUGAUGUCGAGUGGCGGCGACGGAAGCGGCAGUCCUGCCCCCUCUUCCUCUUCCGAUAGCAGCAUUUCGGCCAGUGGGAGUGGCGUUACAGAAGGCGAUGGUGGAGGGCCCUCGUCUGCUGCUAUUUGUUUGGGCGGGUCCACGUCCGUGGCUGCAUGUGGAGCAGCGUCGUCGUCUGCAGCAGCUUGUGGUGGAGGAUCUGCGUCCGCCUGCGGGGGAGUCGGGUCUUGGAGUGAUGAUAUCUGA